GGGUGCCGAGCUCUCCCCAGACCGACUCGAGAGCGCGCCGCUAAGCCCGCCUCCUCCCCUGACUAACUUUGUCAGUCGCGGCCGGCGGGCGGACAGACAGCCAGACAGCCCGACGUCCACGCUCGUCCAGCUCGGAGGGGACCUGCUCUGUUCUAUGACUACAAAGAUGGAAACUACUUUCUACGACGAUGCCCUCAACGCCUUCGUGCAGCCCGAGAGCGGCGGCUACGGCUACAGCCACGCCAAGGUGCUAAAGCAGAGUCUGACCCUGAACUUGGCCGACCCGGUGAGCAGCCUCAAGCCCCACCUGCGCAACAAGAACCCGGACCUGCUGACCUCGCCCGACGUGGGGCUGCUCAAGCUCGCCUCCCCGGAGCUCGAGCGCCUCAUCAUCCAGUCCAGCAACGGGCUCAUCACCACCACGCCCACGCCCACUCAGUUCCUGUGCCCCAAGAACGUGACGGACGAGCAGGAGGGCUUCGCCGAGGGCUUCGUGCGCGCCCUGGCCGAGCUGCACAACCAAAACACUCUGCCCGGCGUCCCCCCGGCGGCCGCGGCGCAACCCGGGAACGCCUCCGUGGCCGCGGGCAUGGUGGCUCCCCCCGUGGCCGCCCUGGCGGGCAGCGGCGGCGGCGCCGGGGGCUUCGGCGGCCUGCACAGCGAGCCCCCGGUCUACGCGAACUUGAGCAACUUCACCCCCAGCUCCGCGCUGGGCUCCGCGCCCGCUUACGGCGGCCCCACCGGGGGGGCCGGGGCCGCCGCCGGCGGCGGCGGCAGCCUGGCUUUCCCCCCGCAGCCCACGGCCCCGCAGCAGCAGGCGCAGCCGGCCAACCCGCAGGCUCCCCUGGGCCCGCAGCUGCCCGGCGUGCAGCACCCUCGGCUGCAGGCGCUCAAGGAGGAGCCGCAGACGGUGCCCGAGAUGCCCGGAGAGACCCCGCCGCUGUCCCCCAUCGACAUGGAGUCCCAGGAGCGCAUCAAGGCCGAGAGGAAGCGAAUGAGGAACCGCAUCGCCGCGUCCAAGUGCCGGAAAAGGAAACUGGAGCGCAUCGCCCGGCUGGAGGAGAAGGUGAAAACUUUGAAAGCCCAGAACUCGGAGCUGGCGUCCACCGCCAACAUGCUCAGGGAACAGGUGGCCCAGCUGAAGCAGAAAGUCAUGAACCACGUGAACAGCGGCUGCCAGCUCAUGUUAACGCAACAGUUGCAAACGUUUUGAGCGGCCCCGGGAGGCCGGAGACGGACUCGGUUGGACUGACGCGUUGGUUGCAUUUGGGAGCGAGACGGUGACACGCGCAGCAAAGCGUCAGAGAGACAGAGAUCGAACUGACCCGUGUUGAGCCCCGGGCCGCCCCCUUCCCGGCCCCCUCCCCCUCACGCACACGUGGGGGCAGGACUGGCCCAGCUUUCGGCCUCGGGCUGGUCCGGAGUGGCCGGGCCCCCCCCCCCAAAAAAAAAACAGUACCACUGGGCGGAAGGGAUGGCCCCACCCCCACCCUCCCCGCCGGACCUGGAGGGCAGAACCUGUCAGCUCCAUGUUUACCAUUGACCAAGAACUGCAUGGACCUCUAACAUUCGAUGAUCAUUCAGUAUUAAAAGGUUGAAAAAAGAAAAAAGUUAAAAAAAAAAAAAAAAACUUCCAUAGAGACUGUAGUUUGCUUCAGUAGUACUCUUAAAAAAAAAAAAAAACUGGGGGGAGGGGGGGGGAGGGAGGUUUCUUAAGAGAAAAAAAAAGGGGGGGUGGAAGGGUAAAGAAUACCGUGGACUCCACUUGCCUGCCUUUCAGUUAACUGUGUAUGUAUAUAUAUAUUUUUUUUAUUUUAUGAAAGCUGAUUGUCAAUAAACAGCUUCAUGCCUUUGUAAGUUAUUUUAUGUUUUGUCUUGUUCCGUUUGGGCCCUUCCAAGCAUUGUUUGUAAAUAAGAUUUGGAACACUCUGGGUAGAUUUACCCUUUGUAAUAAAGUAUAUAAUUUUUUUAUGCUUUUUGUUUCUGAAAAUUCCAGAAAGGAUCUAUUAUAUUUAAGAAAACACAAUAAAAUGUUAAACUAUU